CUCAGCUUCUUCUCCCUUUUUUAUUUGGGAAGGAGCAGAGGAGAGGAGAGGAGGGAGGGAGAGCAGCCUGCCUGCAGAGGAGCUCAGAGCUAUAGCAGCAGAGGGAGAGGGAAAGAGAGAAGGGGCUCCUUUUUCUUUCUGGAAUUGUUAUUUUAAUCCUGGGAUCUGAUUUUGUCCCCAUAUUGGGAGGAUUGAUUAUCUUUCUCAUCCCUCCCCUUCGCUUCUCUCCUCUUCUCCUCCCCUCUCCCCUCAGCCUCAAGAGGAUCAGCUUUGCUGCUGUGGAGGCAAUCCCUGCCUGCCUUGUUGCCUGCUCCUGCUCUGCUCCCCAUGAGAGGAGCACAACCCGCCCUCAGAUUGAUCAAAAAAGCUUGUUCGUAUUGGUAGUCCACCGGUGAAGCGUCUUUGAGGAAUCUCAGUUUGGUUGAACAAGGCGAGCUGUAAGUGAAUGGUUUUGGUCUUCUGCUGAAACUUGAUUCAUCAGUCAAUAUCCAAGUUGGUUCUGCAUACACAUAUCUCUUGGAGUAAUCUUGAUCAGUGAGUAGCCAAAACUGUAUGAUGGCUACUUAUUACUCAAGCCCAGGUAGUGAAAGGGACUCACAGAACAUGUACUCAAGAGACCCGGGCAAUGCAUCCUAUCCUAUGCCAUCAGCUCUAGGGAACUUGCUUUAUCUGAACAAUUCUACUUCCGGACCAUACACGGAAUUCAGUGGCAUUCUGCAUCCUCAGCAGAAUUGCAUGGAGAUGCCUGACCCUGGCCAUCCUUCAGUGAUGUCCCAAGACUCAUCUGCAAGGGAGUCCGACAUGCUUGGUUCCCACCAGGGGCAGCGCUCUUUUGGUCCAGUCAAAGAUAUGAAAAAUGAGAUGUUGAUGCAUAUGAUGGAUGGAUCACAAAGCAGCACAGCUGAUCUCAUCCAUGAUGAUGCCCACAAUGGUGCACAGCUUGAUUUUGGUGUUCUGAACAACCACAGCUCAUCGAACAUUCCCUCAGUGCAAGGCCAAGGUUUAUCUCUGAGCCUCAACACACAAAUCCUGGCACCUUCCUUACCAUACUGGUCUGUCAAACCAGACAUGUUGUCGCCGCACUCUUACCAUGACAGUCUUCGAGUUGAUGACAUGCGAAUGAAGAGUAUGCAGUCUGAGGCGUCACGUGCAAUCCGGAACUCCAGGUAUCUGAAAGCAGCACAAGAACUGCUUGAUGAGGUUGUGAACGUUUGGAAGAAUAUUAAGCAGAAAGCUCAGAAAGAACAAGUCGAAGCUGGAAAAACAGAUGGCAAAGAGACCGAGGGAGGGGCAAAAAGUGAGGGCUCUAAUCCGCAGGAGUCUGCUGCCAAUGCAGCACCUGAGCUUUCUACUGCUGAGAAGCAAGAGCUUCAGAACAAGAUGGCGAAGCUGAUGGCUAUGUUGGAUGAGGUGGACCGGAAGUACAAGCACUACUACCACCAAAUGCAAAGUGUGGUUUCAUCUUUUGAUGUGGUAGCUGGGCCUGGAGCUGCCAAGCCUUACACUGCAGUUGCCCUCCAGACAAUCUCACGACACUUCCGGUGCCUGAAGGAUGCUAUCAAUGAUCAGAUCAAUGUCAUCAGGAAGAAGCUUGGUGAGGAGGAAAAUUCAUCUGGAAAGGAGGGCAAAUUAACUCGUCUACGGUACAUUGAUCAGCAGCUAAGGCAACAACGAGCUUUCCAACAGUAUGGCAUGAUUCCACAAAAUGCUUGGAGGCCACAGAGAGGGCUUCCUGAAAACUCUGUAACCAUUCUUCGUGCUUGGCUCUUUGAGCAUUUCCUUCACCCGUACCCUAAAGACUCUGAAAAAAUGAUGCUAGCAAGGCAAACAGGCUUGACAAGGAGUCAGAUUUCAAAUUGGUUCAUCAAUGCCCGUGUCCGUCUUUGGAAACCGAUGAUUGAGGACAUGUACAAAGACGAGAUUGGAGAUAUCGAGCAAGACUCCAACUCUUCCUCUGACAAUGCGCCAAGAAGCAAGGGCAAAAUGGCAUCUUCUGAAGACAAGGAGGACCUGAAAAGCUCUACACCUCGAGUUUGUGAGAGCAGCCAGCUGAGCGAGUCGAGAGCCAGCAUAGGGACUAUGAACAUUGGCGGAGCACCUGUUGGAUUCCAGAACGAGCCCAACCCUGACGACAGCUUCAUGAACCUGAUGCUGAAAGACCAACGAUCGAACGAAGCAGAUGGUGGCCUCCUCCUACACAACGCCGUCGCACAUCAUCAAGAUGAGAACGCCCGGUUCAUGGCCUACCACCUGGCAGAGCUUGGGAGAUAUGGAAACGGCAACGUAUCGCUGACACUGGGCUUGCAGCACUCCAGCAGCAGCCUCUCAGUUCCUAAUGCCCAGCAGAGCUUUCCUGGUGUCGGAGACGAUGACAUCUACAACGCUACCGCUCCUCUCGGUGUGAGCGUCGCGUCUUCAGACUAUGAAUCAAUGAACCAGAUGGAUCAACGGCAACGGUUCGAGCAAUCACCUCUUCUGCAUGAUUUUGUGGCCUGAAUGCCAUACCUCUGAACAUUUGUAACACCUGGCUUGGCUGGGUGAAUAACAUAUAUGCCUAAAAGGAGCAUUGGGUCGUAGCCUGUAGUUUCAAUUCGACACAGAUUGGAGGUAUAGCAGGAAAUGUAAUAUAGUGUAGGUGGUGGGGGUGAUAGGGUAAAAAAGGAUCUUGUAAAGAUGAAACACACUAUACUAUACGUGUAAAAGCUUGUGAUUUAAGCAGCAUAUUGUAAAGUAAUGGUUACUUAGGGUCCAGGAAUUGGUAUAUGAUUACCUGCUGCUGCUGCUGUUAUUCUUUGUUUUACUCAUUAUUAUCAAGCACUAUAUUAGAAUA